AGUAUCCCAGAAAGCACUCAGCGGAUUCAUGUCACGCCCAGCCGGCGCAAGAUUCCUCCGAUUGCAGCGGCAUGCGUGGCAUUGGUGACUGGUGACGGCUGGUGACGACUGGUGAUGGGGACCUAAUGGACUAGUGGUUGCUGACGGUUGGUGACAACUGACAAGACUAAGCCACUGAUGACUGCUGAUUGCCGCGGUUUCUGAGCCGAGGUGGCUGGUGACAGGACAGUGCGCUGCUGGCUGACGUCUGAUGAAGGGAAGCUACAGGCCGAUGACGGCUGGUGUGGUGAUAGACGAGCGAGCUGGUGACGAUUGGUGACGGUUGGUGACGGACAAUCGCCUGAUCCCAUGAAUGACGACUGUUGGAUGGUUUCUAGUGCAGCCGUCUCAUCCCCUUACCUGCCUAGUUUGAGCUUCACCAGUCUGCCUCGCUGCGGCGCCACAGCUGUGUGGACCCCUCCCCCCCCAUGCAACACCCUCCCGGCGUAUGCAGUGGCACCCCGCCGGGUCGCGGGGCGGGCGGCGGGGUACGCCAGGGCGACGGACGGUCCGGGUGCACGCCUCGCGGCCGGCGGCGUGCCGAGGAGGGCCUCAGUGUUGCCGUGACGCUCAGGCGAGCCAGGUGGGCCGACCGUGCUGCUGAGAGACCGCGCAGAGGUGACUGUGGUGGAGUCCCGGGAGGACAUCGCUGAGAAUUACGGAACAAGGAGCGGAGGAGCGGCAGAAACGAGGCGACUGUCAUAUGAGAGGCACAGUGACAGCCGAGCAGCAGCCUGGUGUCAACCCUACGCCGCCCGCCGCCGAUAGCUGGAAUAGUAAGACGUGGGACGACUGUCCUGUUUGUGGAAGCGGCCACCGCUGCUGUCCCCUGUUGACGUCACUGAGGAGCUGCGUGAUGACGUCACUAGGGGUAUCCGGCUUCGUCUUGCUAUUGACGCUCGCCAUAUCGCUCGCAGGUGCCUCAAUAUCGCCAUCAGCCCUGGCCGCGCCCGAGUUCGUCAAAGAGCACUCUGGCAACGUCACUGCCCGAGUGAACGGCUCUGCCAUCCUCAACUGCCGCGUCCGACGACUGACUGCGCGCCAGGUAUCGUGGGGCCGAGGGUUCGAGGUGCUGACCGGCGGUCUGAUGCUGUUUGCGAGUGACCGCCGGUUUCAGCCGCUGCACCAGGAGUACAGCGAGGAUUGGGGCCUGCGCAUACUGUCCGUGCGGGCCUCGGACGCCGGCUGGUACUUCUGCCAGAUCAGCACGUCGCCGCCCGUCUCACACUACCUUUACCUUCAUGUUGUCGACCCUCAGGUGGAAAUUAUCGGCGGUCCAGAGCGAUUCAUACACCAGGGGAGCUCAGUCAACCUGACCUGUGUUAUUCGUCGGGCGCACAAAAUGCCGGAAAACGUGAGAUGGACGCACGAAAACAAGCUGGUGGAGUUCGACCGGUCACGGUCGGGAGUUCGAGUACGCACCUUCUAUGAACUCCGCCGCACUGUGAGCUCUGUGCUCAUCAGCCACGUCCAACCGGCCGACUCGGGCACCUACUACUGCGAUCCGGAUGGUCUCGAGCACGCCAAAAUCACCGUACACGUACUGGCCGACAAUAAUCCGGCUGCGCGCACCACCAGCUCAGCUUCGAUCACGGUGGGAGGGGGCGCUGUUCACAGCGCAGCACUUAUCAUCUUCGCUACAAGAUGGCUGGCAGAGCAGAAACAUCCGUUGGAGACUCUAUAAACUUGUGUUGCCUGACAUUGCCGUAGGCUACCGCGCCUCAGUGAAGUGCCCGCGCCGAUAAAACUGAUGCAUUUGAUGCAACGAGAGGAGAAACAUGAUAACCAGUGUCCAGUGAUGCGUGUGUGACGUUGCCUUGCGUGAAUGACGUCACAAUAUGCGUCACAACUUGACGUAUUUGACGUCAGCAAACCAAAGAGCUGCCUGCAUUCCCCGCUAGUCGACUGAUCUCAGUGCUUGCCCGCCGGCUAGUGUGUGUGACCCCACGGCUGGAUCGAGUGUCGUGUAUCAUAGCGGCGUUAUCGAUGACGCAGUGGGAUGCCGCGGCCGCUAAGCGGCCAGCAAUUUGCAAUCAAAAGCACAUUCCGUUGCAAACGUAUUGAUGUAGCAUAUUGAGGUAGCGGUAUCAGAUGUGGUCUGUGGAUAUGUCUGUGUGCCAGAGACUGAGGCAUAUGCUUCAUAGGCUGACAUGAUAGGUGUAAUGCUUCAGCAAAUGACAUAGCGGGAUGUAUCAUAGUUUAUCACGCCGUUUGUGUGAAAGACAUCGCGUGAUGCUUGAUAAUUACUGCAAUGCAUCAAUCUAUCAGACACUUGCUAGCUUGAUGUCCAGAUGCGUGCGAGACAGGUAUGCUAUGAUGCAACAGAGGCUAGCCAGGCAGUUGCAAUUACAAUGCACACGAGACUGGUAUGCCUUGACCGGUAGACUGGUAUGAUAUGAUGCAUUCGACUGAUAUUACAUAUACGUAUGUGAAAAUAAAUGGCAUGAUGUUUUGUAAACAUG